GGAGCGGCGCUGAUUGACAGCGCGGUGCUGCGGAGGGAGCGCGGCUAUGGAGGCGGUGCGGGCUCAGCGGCUGCAGCCCGGGGUGGGUGCCGGACCCCGCGGGGCCCGGCCCGGCCUCACCGGGGCCCCCGCGGGGCUAGGACCGGCACCAGGAACGGCGUCGGGGCUGGGGCCGGGGCUCGGUCUGCCGCCGCCGCCGCCCCCGCUGGGUCUGCAGGGCCCCCCCGCGCCCCCCGGGACGGGGGCCGGGGCCGUGCCCGGGCCGCCUGCGGUUCUGAGGGAGGCGGUGGAGGCCGUGGUGCGGAGCUUCGCCAAACACACCCAGGGCUACGGCCGCGUGAACGUGGUGGAGGCGCUGCAGGAAUUCUGGCAGAUGAAGCAGUCGCGCGGGGCCGAGCUGCGCAACGGCGCCCUGGUACUCUACGAGAUGGUCCCGGCCGCCAGCCCCCCCUACGUCUGCUAUGUCACCCUGCCCGGCGGCAGCUGCUUCGGCAGCUUCCAGUUCUGUCCCACUAAGGCUGAGGCACGCCGGAGCGCAGCCAAGAUUGCGCUGAUGAAUUCCGUGUUCAACGAGCACCCUUCCCGCCGGAUCACUGACGACUUCAUCGAGAAGAGUGUCUCUGAGGCCUUGGCGUCCUUCAACGGCAAUCGAGAAGAGGCAGAUAAUCCCAACACUGGGAUCGGGGCCUUCCGCUUCAUGCUGGAGUCCAACAAGGGAAAAUCCAUGCUGGAGUUCCAGGAGCUGAUGACAGUUUUCCAGCUGUUGCACUGGAACGGGAGCCUGAAGGCCAUGCGGGAGCGCCAGUGCUCACGCCAGGAAGUCCUGGCUCACUAUUCCCACCGUGCUCUGGACGAUGACAUCCGGAACCAGAUGGCCCUGGACUGGGUGAACCGGGAGCAGAGCAUUCCGGGUGCACUUUCCCGGGAGCUGGCGGCCACGGAGCGGGAGCUGGAUGAGGCCCGGCUGGCUGGGAAGGAGCUGCGAUUCCAUAAGGAGAAGAAGGACAUCCUGUUGCUGGCAGCUGGCCAGCUGGGCUCAGCACACUCCUCCGGCUGCUGAAGCCCAGGAUCCCGCCCUGGGAUCCUUCCCAGUGCUCCCAACACCCUUUCCUGAGUCCCAGCCCGUUUGCACAUUUGAAAGAAAUUUAGGGAAAAAGCUCCUGAAUAGA